AUGGCUAAUGCAAACAUCUCUAGCAUCGAGCUGGAAGUAAAGCAAGGAGAACCAGCUAGAGUUCAACCUGAAGAGGAAACAGAAAAGGGACCCUAUUUCCUUUCAAACCUUGACCAGAAUAUUGCUGUUCCAGUGCGCACGGUUUAUUCCUUUAAAUCUGCUUCUAGAGGAAAUGAGGAUGCUGCACAAGUUAUCAAGAAUGCCUUGUCGAAGAUUCUUGUCCCUUAUUAUCCUAUGGCAGGAACGUUGACUAUAAGCUCUGAAGGGAAGUUGAUGGUGGAUAACACUGGGGAGGGUGCAGUAUUUGUUGAGGCUGAAGCAAAUUGUAACAUAGAAGACAUUGGAGACUUAACAAAGCCAGACCCCGAUGCUCUUGGGAAACUGGUUUACAACAUCCCUAGUGCUCGAAACAUUCUUGAGAUGCCUCUUAUGACUGUUCAGGUGACAAAGUUCAAAUGCGGAGGAUUCACUUUGGGGCUAUGCAUGAAUCACUGUAUGAAAGAUGGGCUAUGUGCCAUGGAGUUUGUGAAUGUAUGGAGCGAGAUAGCGCGAGGAUUGGACUUAAAGAUUCCACCAUUUCUCGAUCGAACCAUAAUCAAAGCACGUAACCCUCCCAAAAUAGAGUUUCAACACAAUGAAUUUGCCGAAAUAGAAGAUGUAUCAAACACUAAAAAACUCUAUGAAGAAGAAAAGAUGCUCUACAGAUCCUUCCUUUUCGACCCCAAGAAGCUUGAGCUACUUAAGAAAAAGGCCACUGAGAAUGGGGUUUUGAAAAAGUGCUCAACUUUUGAAGUCCUUUCAGCUUUUGUUUGGAGAGCUAGAACCGCAGCCUUAAGGAUGCAACCUGAUCAACAAACAAAGCUUCUCUUUGCAGUUGAUGGAAGGUCAAAAUUUGUGCCUCCAAUUCCAAAAGGGUACUUUGGAAAUGCUAUUGUGUUGACAAAUUCAGUGUGUAAGGCAGGGGAGCUAUUGAAGAACCCCUUGUCAUUUUCAGUGGCAUUGAUUCGUGGGGCAAUUGAAUUGGUGACAGAUAGUUAUAUGAGAUCUGCCAUUGACUAUUUUGAAGUGACAAGAGCAAGGCCUUCCUUAACAGCUACACUUUUGAUCACAACUUGGACUAGGUUGUCUUUCCACACCACAGAUUUUGGGUGGGGGGAACCUUUGUGUUCUGGCCCUGUCACCUUGCCUGAGAAAGAAGUCAUUUUGUUCUUGUCACAUGGUCAAGAAAGGAAAAGCAUAAAUGUGCUUCUGGGUUUGCCUGCUUCUGCCAUGGAAAUUUUUGAAGCACUGGUGAUGCAGAUAUGA